AUGGUUCAGAGUGAGCCAGACGUCCUCAAGCAAACAGCUGGCUUAAAUGUCCCUGUAACAAACCGGCCAACUUUCAGCUUCAAGAUGUCAGACUCCCUUCUAAACCAUUCCUGGCCGUCUUUCUCAAAAUUGUGGAUGAAGAGGUGGUCAUUUAAAAGAGCAUCAGAAUGUAAACCAUGUUCGGAAUUUUCUGCAAUCCCAGACUCUCGAAGUGUCACACCUGACACUGAUACCAGCCAACCCUCCCUGGUCAGUGGUGAAGAAGCCUAUUUUAUGGCUGGAGAAAAGGAUGAUGUUUCUGUUGACCUAGAUGAAUCCAUAGUGAGCAGCAAUGAAGAUUUGCCUUCUAUGGACUCCUCACUCCUUGGUUCUGAAUACUAUAAAGACUUGGAACUUAUGGAGUCAUCAGAGUCUAUCAGCACUCAGCCAGAGACAAAGACACAGGCUACCGCUACUUUCUGUGUGACUGGAGAAACUAACAUUAGCUUUGAUAAAGGAGAGGUGAUCAUCACUUAUACCAAACCGUUUCUAUGUCCCAUGGUGUACGGGGAUUCUGCCAUGCCAGAACUAGCACUCACAGGUUACCAUGAAGAGAAAAAUGAAGGAUCCUUAGGACAAGAAAAAACAGCUACUGUUGAGGAACGCAUUCCUAUUUUAGUCAGGUCAUUGUCAACUUCUAGAAGACACAGCUGGGAUGAUGCAGUAUCACCAACUGAAACAGUCCGCAGGUUCAGCCUCGAUGCAUCGGACAUGGAGAAUGUUGUGGAGAAAGUCAUUGAAGCAGCAACUUCUAUACAGACCCUUUCAGUACCUGGACCCUUUAUAACUAAAGCAAAUUUGCGGAUUGAGCCAAACAUUGAAAACCUUGAUCUACAGGUGUUUGAAACAGAUAAAGAGGAUGGAGAUAGCUUGGCUGGGAGACUACGUUCAAAAUCUGUGCCAUCCACACUGGAUAAGAUUGCUACUACCAGAAUGUCCCGCAGCCUUGAGUCUUCAUGCCCUGCAAUAGAAGUAAGCCUGCCGCCUCAGCUGGAAACCAUUGAGAAAGAUCACGUGGAACCCACACAUGUGUUAUAUGUACAGCAAGUAUUACAAGAGCUGAAACAUUAUCACGGGACCAAAAAUAAGCAGGAGGGCAGCAGAGAGCCAAAGCAGAAUGUGACCUGGUUUGAGUUCCUGUCUAACGAGGUAGAAGAUACCGGAAAGCCAGAAAAAGUUGAAAAAGGCACCAAGGUGAAGAGACGGCUGAGUUCUCUGAAAAACAGGGUUACUGGAUCCUGGCAGAAAGAUAAGGGUAAGAUGAAAGAACAGCUGAAAGAGAAAGGCAGAGAGCCAAAGGAUAAGUGGAUAGAUGCCAGUGGGCACAAGCUGGUGCCAGGCUGCUUCUCAAAUCACGCCAAAUGCACAUUAUGCACGAAGGCACUUGCAAAUGGGCAUGGAUUGCAGUGCAUGCAUUGUGCUGUAAAUGUUCAUAAAAACUGCAAGACCUUACUUCCUGAAUGCAACAGUAACAAACUAAGGAAAGACAAUUAUCAGAAACCUGUAACAUCUUUCCAAGUCUCCAGCUACCAGCAAGCAUCUCUGAAAGAUCAUCCUCGUGUUGCUAUUGUGGGGCUAGAAGGAUCUCAUGCACCGACACGGGGGCUCGGAAUGACUGUCACCCAUAGAGGAAACUCAAGAGUGGAAUUACACACAACAGCUGGAAGCAGAGCCAGUGCCACCACAGUAGAUAUGGAGGAAGUUGAUUCAGGUUUUGGAAGGUUAAGGCUGUUUUCAGAGGAUGCAAUAUCACUGGCUCCCUCAACUACUGAAUCCAUAUUUGUGGAAGACUCCUAUUCCUCUGUGAGAACUGAGCUAGAAGCUGAUACUAUUGAGUUUGAAGCAGAAUCGUGGAGCAGAGCUGUUGAUCCAUCAUAUGCCGAAAAGCUAAAGGAAGAGGUGAUCAAAAGACAAGAUGUUAUUUAUGAGCUUAUGCAAACAGAAAUGCACCAUGUCCGGACUAUAAAGAUCAUGUUGAAGGUGUACUUGCGGGCAUUAAAGGAGGAGUUACAGUAUGGCCAUAAAGAAAUUCAACAGAUAUUUCCUUGCGUGGAUGAUCUUUUGGAGCUGCAUUCACAUUUCUUUACACGGUUCAAGGAGAGGCGCAAAGAAUCCAUGGAGGAAGGUAGCGAUCGCAAUUACUUCAUCCAGAAGGUUGGGGAUAUCCUUGUACAGCAGUUUUCAGGUGACACAGGUGACAGGAUGAAGGAGAAAUAUGGGCAUUUUUGCAGUAAUCAUAACAAAGCUGUGAGCUACUACAAGGAGCUCAUGCGGGAAAGUAAGAAGUUUCAGAAUCUCAUGAAGAAAAUUGGUAAUUCAUCGACUGUUAGGCGGCUUGGUGUCCUGGAGUGUAUCUUACUGGUGACUCAGAGGAUUACGAAAUACCCAGUUCUAGUAGAACGAAUCAUCCAAAACACAGAAGAAGGAACAGAAGAUUACGAAGCAUUGACCCGGGCUCUUACGCUCAUCAAGGAGACAAUCACAGAGGUGGAUACCCGCGUUCAUGAGAAUGAGAAGUUGCAGCGGCUACGGGAGAUCGUAGACAGGAUGGAGCUGAAGUCCACUGGCAAGUUGAAAAAUGGUACAACCUUUAGGAAGCAGGACAUGCUGCGCAGGAAGCUUCUCUAUGAUGGGAUGCUCUACUGGAAAACUGCUUCAGGUCGUUUGAAAGACAUUCUUGCUGUCCUAUUGACUGAUGUGUUGCUUCUCUUACAAGAAAAGGAUCAGAAAUAUUCCUUUUCCUCAGUGGAUUCCAAACCACCUGUGAUUUCACUGCAGAAGCUGAUUGUUAGAGAGGUAGCAAACGAGGAAAAGGCCAUGUUUCUCAUAAGUGCUUCAUUAAAAGGCCCAGAGAUGUAUGAAAUCCACACCAGUUCCAAAGAAGAGAGGAAUGGAUGGAUGACCAUUAUCCGUGAGGCUGUAGAGAGGUGCCCUGAUGAAGUGGUCAUCGAACCCAGUGCUGAGCGUUUUAUUAAAUUCAAGGAAUUUCAAGAUCGAUUAAACUUGAAGGAUGACGCAAUCACAAAAGCUCUGAGUGAGAAACUGCAGAUUUUUCAGGACAUGGGGGAAAUGUUUGGCUUUGAAGACUCUCAAGGGUCCAGGAGCAGAUUGCUUCUUACAGCUGAAAAUGGAGAGACUCUUCAAGGGGAAAGCAUCUUACGAUCAGCCAUCACUGAAGCGGAGAGCAUUUAUAAUAUGUUACUCUCACAACUCCCUAUCCAGAAUAUCCUAGAGGAAGAUAACUCCGGGAACUCGAUCCUGCCUAGACGGUCAGAAACUUUUGGAGGUUAUGACAGCAAUUCCAAUCAUACAACUGGCAGCUUCAGACAGAAGGUUAGAGAUCGAUCUACCACUUCAUCCAUUUCAGAAAACCCAAUCCAGGAAUCCGACCAAAGUGAGCUUGCAUUAUCAAGACUGGAUAUUAAUAACACUCCAGUGAUUCAGGAUUAUGAGCCUGCAUACAGGAUGCAGAUGUUACUACAGCUGCUCUACAGCCUGCAGGCUUUGAUUACACAACAGGACAGCUAUGUUGAAGUACACAAAGAGCGGGAGAAGCAGUUUAGACAUCAGUCUUCCAGGGGCAACUGGCUUCUAGAACAAGAGAAGCAGAGGAACUUUGAGAAGCAACGAGAGGAACUUGCCAAUGUGCAGAAGCUGCAGGACCAGCUAAGGCAAGAGAGACAUAAAUGGGAGAGAGAAUGGGACAAGCAGCAGAGGAUGCUGGAGGCUACUGAAGCUCAGAUACAACAGAGAGAGGAGGCAUCUCGGCUUGAAAAGGAAAGGUUGAAUCAGGAACGGGUUGAGCUUGAAACCCAGAGGGAGGCAUACCAACAUGACCUAGAGCGACUGCGAGAGUCUCAGAGAGCUGUGGAGAAAGAGCGUGAGCGAUUAGAGCAACUGAAGAAGAUAAAAAAGGCAAAUAGUGGACCAUUUUCACCAGACCUGGUGCAGGGGUUAAGCCAUUCUUCAAGUUUUAAUGGAGAGGGAAUGCUGAGUUUAGAAGGGCCUGGACAAUUGGUUAUGAAGCCCACAGCCAAAUCCACCCCAUCAGUUUCUGCUGCUGACUACUUGGAGAGACCAGAGUUGACACGCCGGGACAGCAGUGUGGCAGAGAGUCGUCUGACGCUAAAGAAUGAGGUGCCCAUCCAUCUGCUUAGUGCCACCAACCAAAUCCAAAAGCAGGCUGCAGUACAGCAAAAGAUCCCCACUAAGCUAGCAGCUCUGUCGAAGGGAGGCAGGGAGAAGAGCAGCAGAGGGAAAGCUUCACACCGGACGGAUAGCUCAGCCUCAAUAGACCAUAGGCAGCUACUCCCAAACAAGCUAUCUGGAAAUAUUGAGAGUUCUCUAAGAAGUAAGCGGUCUGCGAGUCCCAUCCUAACUAGCAGUCAAGUGUUCUUGCAGCAAGAAACUCCAGUGCAAGUAGAUCCCUCUUCUGAAGCACUUCAUUAUGCCCCCAGUCUGUACCGACCAAGCAGUAACCAUUUAUUGCAGACUCUCACUCCCCCUCCCAUGCCUCCCCCACCUCCUCCAGUUGAAGAUGAAGCAAACAGAGAAGAUGUUAUUUUUUUCUAGUUUGCCUUUUUGGUUUCUACCAGCACCUUUGUGUACACUGAACAACAGUUUGUCAAUCAAUGCAUCUACCACUAUGGCCUUCUGAAGAUGUCCUGAAAACUGGUUAAAGACAUUUAGCCUAUCGUUAAGAUAAAAUAGAAGAUGGAGGACACAUUUUAUGAACUAUUUAUUGACCGCUACAAAUAUUCAAUCCCCUUUGUAAUGGACAAAUGAUCUAGUGUACAAUUGUGGCAUGUAGGAUGCCUAUGGGAUACAGAGUGCAAAAUACCAUGCUGCUUGUGAAUAUGGAUGGCAGUACUGUAUGUCCCAUGUUAUAUAUUCCUUUUCUAAGUGUCCUGUUUUGUAGCCAGGACCCAGGCUCUGAGGAAGACAUUUUUAUUCCUGUUCUGUACACUGAUCUUAUGUACAGUUGCAGGAUUUGGAUAUUAAUCAGUUAGAUACUAAUAAUAGGGCUAAGUCCAUGUGCUGUUCAAGGGCACUUCACCUGCAGGGCAGGAAAUUCUAGUGUUCACUUUAAUUACUGUGUUCCAUCUCUGAUUUAGCCAGAGGUAUCUGAUUUUAAGAUACAAAUGCAAACCAUCUGCUUAUUUCAUAGAGGGACCUAUCCCCAGUUCAUCCCGCUAUGUUGCUAAACACUUGGAUUGCUUAAUGAUCUAAAUAUUUUCCAUAUCUUCAAAGCAGAUAUACAAACAUUAGGGUGGAUGCUCAUAAUCAUUUUCAACAAAAAGAAAUUAAAUAUGUUGCUAGGAGGCUUUUUAGAAAAUGGCAGGACCAUAUGCAGUGCUUAGUCAGUUGUGCCUAGCCGUGCACAUUGAGCUGUAGAAGAAUGUAUGUUUCAGUUUACUGAAUUUUAUGAUUUUUAUGUUUUAAGAUUCCAACUCAUUUUUAAACCAACUUAAACCAAUAAGCCCUGGACCAAACUAAGCUAACCUAGAUUUCAAUAUACUUUGUGAAAAUAUAUAAAUUAUGUGUACCAUAUAUUUUUCCUAUUUUUUUUUCCCUGAAAUAAUUUUGAUGAUUGCUCUGAAAUAAUUCAGGAUAAUUUUAUCACACUUUACAUUGUAUUUUUUCCCACCUCUUUGAGUUGAAGUCACCUGUAAAAUUGUUUAAGGAAAAUGUUUAGACUUGUCUGAUAUGUAAACAUAUCACUGUUAAGAGAAUGUUAUUGCCAGUGUCCUUUUUGAUAACAGUAGUAGAUUAUAUUGAACAACAAUAUAAUUAUUUUAAUGAAUCAACUCUAAAGAGAGCCCAACACAAAAUCAGUUAAUGUUAUCUUGAUGUUACCUUACAGAAUUCUGGUAGUGCCAAAUUUUAUAAUCAGUGUUUUUAAAAUGAUAUAUAUAUGUAAUUUUGUUUUUAUUAUUAAAAAAUAAUAAUAUUUGAGCACUUUAGCAGAAAAACAUAGAACACAAUUCUGUUAUGUAGCUGUAUAUGUGGGGAAAUAAGUCUGUUUUACAUUAUAAGUACCAUUUCUUGUAUUCUAUGGUGCAAUUAACCCAAGACUGCAAGAUCAUAUAAUCUUGACUACAUGGCACACUGAUUUCUUAGCUUUUACUUGUAAAUAACCCUUUUUUAAAUGCAGUAUCCUUAUCAUUUGCUAGUACUAUUUGAAAAUACAUGCACAAUUAUAUACAGAAAAAAACUCUGCUUAUAAGUGUGACAUGUGUAGCAAUUAUGCUGCCUACUCGAAGCCUAGUCCAAAUACAAUUUGAGCACACUAAUAUAUAUAUAUAUAUAUAUUUCACAUCACUCAUCGUGAAAUGUUGAAAAAAACAAUUGUCACUCUCUCUCAGUUUGAACCCUUUUUACCUCAUAUAAAUUGUAAGCACGUCAGCCUUGUAGCUUUUAGAGGAACACUAAACUAUUUUUUUCUUUAUCUGAUAUGCUGCUAAGUGCAUAAACAUAAUCCUAUUGCCGACAUUGCAGCCAAUUCAAUCGCCCCAGUAUCAUCAUUUGUAUACACAUUGUAUGGUUACUUACCUAAUCCAGUGGCCCACAGCUAUUCAGAGGCCAUACUGCCUACUUACUAACAGUGUGCUUCCUCUGUCUGUUUCCUGAUCCUUUACAUUCAGUAACAGGGUUGUAAAGACUCAGGAAAGCAGACAACAGUAGUGUGCCAUUACUUGGCAUAGUAGUGCAAUAUUCUGACUACAAUUUCUUGCAGUUAGUAUUGCUUGGAUGAAAUACAGGUAGCCCUCAGUUUACGCCGGGGUUAGGUUCCAGAAGGAAUGGUUGUAAAUUGAAACCGUUGUAAAUUGAAACCCAGUUUAUAAUGUAAGUCAAUGGGAAGUGAGGGAGAUAGGUUCCAGGCCCCUCUCAAAAUUGUCAUAAUUAACACCUAAUACAUUAUUUUUAAAGCUUUGAAAUGAAGACUUUAAAUGCUAAACAGCAUUAUAAACCUAAUAAAAUAAUCACACAACACAGACUUCACUUGCAUUUUUCUGCAAACAGUUCUUUCUAUGCAUUCCAAUCUGGACUGAUUUAUAGACAGGAAGAUCUUGUUCCUUUGAAAUCUGCUCGAUAGCUCAGGUCUGGUUAAACUGAUUAAUUUCAGCUUGCUUGGCUUUGCUGCAACACAAGCGGACAGCUCCACCUACUGGCUAUUUUAAUAUAUGCACUGCUUCUCAAUGCUUUUCAAUAGCAGUCACAUGACUGGAAAAAAAGGUUGUUAUUCUGAAACGGUAUAAAUUGAUCCGUUGUAAAACGAGGGCCACCUGUAUAUGACAAGAAUUAGUCUAUUAUCAGCUAUUAAAUGUGGAUGUGUAGCUAAGUAUAAUUAUCUGCUAAUUAUUAACUGAAAUAAGCAGAAUACAAUUCACUUAGCAUUUGAUAGAGUAGUUUAGCAAGGUAGUAAUGAAUAUCAACACGUCAAGAGUUCUGUUUAGAAACAGCAGGCACAGAGUUAACUUGAUUUGCUUGAGAUGCUAAUUUGACAACUGGUCAGAGAAAUGUGUUCAGAGACAGCAAGCAGUGAAUUAACAGAAUAGCAAUUAGUUAAUAUGAUAAAUCAACUAUGCAGUAUGUAGGCAAACAGGUUCACAGCAUGCAAGUGGUAGAAUUAAUCAUGGUAGUGUUUACAAGGCAGUUCAUAUGUUUGCAUAAGAUCAAAUUAAAGUUAUUCCUGAUUGCAGAUUCACAGCUAGAUAUAAGACAGUGGUAAUACAAAAGUCACUUCAAUAUUGUCAGAAUACUUGCCCUGGUGAUGUAGAGCAAGGAGGGAGCUGUGACAUUGAACCUGGAAGGCAGAAUCCCUGCAGCAGUUUAUUCCAGAUAGCUGAAUCUUCCAGAAGAGAGUGUAGAUGAGGAGGCUGUGAAUAAGCAGGUUAAGUGCAACAGGUAAGAGGUCUUUAGACCAACAAGUCCUCGGGUUAAACAGGAUAGUUUAUAUAACUUGAGAAUAAUCAAGCAACUAGCUAUAUUUACAGCUGGCCUAAAUAGUGUCAUACAGAGAGGUGGGUGGAGUUAUGGUUUUAAAGGUACAGAGAUAUGACAAGUAGCAACUUGCUGUGCUGGCUGACUAGUGGUUCAGAUAAGUAACUGUAUACAGGGUUAAAACUCAGAAUAUUAGGGGAUACUGGAGGAGCCUUAAAAGGCAACACUGAGUUUAUUUUUAUGCAAUUGCUAGCAUAACAAAUAAAUAAAAUUAGUGUCCCUUCAACUCAUUCUCGUCAAACAGACAAUCCUAUCCAACCUACAUAUCUGAGUGUCCUAUACAAUGGCUUAAUCUAGACACUUAUAUACAAUAUUGGAUAGAAUGUCUUAUCUGAUAAAAGGAUCAAAUGUGCAUUAUCUUACACUGCAUUUUGUUUGAAGGGACAUUAAACACAAUACAUUUAAUGUACCUCCCUCUAAUUGUGGGUGCUGCUAUUUUGGAACCUAAUUUGCACUGCAGGUAUCUGAGCGAGAGUCUUUGCACAUGUGCAAAUGCACCUAAGCACUCAAAUGCAGUGAGCACUUGAUUUCAUCAUGGUGGCUCCCACGACUAGAGGGAGUUUGUAAAAUGUAUUCAGUAUUUAAUGUCCCCUUUAUAUUAAGAAAUAUGGAGAGGAAAUUUAAAGAGAUGAAACAUUUAGGAGGUACGUUAAUCAUGCUAAAACUGAUUUUGACAUUUUUUGCAGACUAUUAUCGACGGACCAAAACAAACAAUUUUUACAUAUAUUGAGUGGAAAAAAAAUUAAAGCUUCCAGAUAUUUUUAGUCCUUUGAAACAUUUAACAUUUCCAAGAGUUUUUAUAAUGUGUAUCCAGUGUUUUGUUUGCUGAAAUGUUUGUAAGCUUUGUUGUAUGGGGAAAUGAUGUCUGAUAUUUUUAUUUUGUAUUUGCAUCACUAGCCAAAGAAAAAGUCUGGAAGCAACAAUCAUUAGAUCCAUUUUUACAAAAUCGCAAUGUAAUAGAUGUUUCAUAAUUUUGUAGCCAUAAAUUAUAUGUGUCUGAACUAUAUUAUAAUUGCAUACAGUCUUCAUUACAGAUUAUGUUGUAAAACCAUAUAAAGUUACUGUUGGAUUAUAAAAAUGCUAUAUAGCAUUUAUUGCCUGUUUGUUUAUUAUUAAUAUAAGUAAAUAUUGGCCCUCACUGGGAUCUCUUUUAAUAUUAUAAUCCCUUACUAGAUGUGUGAGAGUGGACACUGGCCCUAUAUACAGUAUAUAUAUAUAUAUAUAUAUAUAUAUAUAUAUAUAUAUAUAUAUAAAAUGUUGAAAUCCGUCCUUUGUUGCAGUUGGCCUGAUAACAGUGGUUAUUUACGCACACUUAAAAUUGUCAGUUUAAUGUGACACUUAUGUAAAGAAAAUGUAAACAAACAAUGUCAUCAAGUAUACCUAAAGCCUCUUUGUUUGUGCCACAGUGUUUCUCUCUCAUAUAGCAGCACAUGAGUUUUGGGAACAUUUAUCUUAUAUGAUCGUUUUGAAUAUACACUUCAUGUAGCUCAUGGACAAUGUGUAGUACAAAUUACAUCUCCUACCAAGCACACAUACUCAUUUUGUGUGUCCAGUUUAUUAAAUAUUUUCUGCCUAUACACAUUAUACAUAUUUGAAAUUUAGGUGCUGUUUGAUUGUUUCAACUAAGCUAGAACAAUAAAGAAUACAUUUUAUUGUGAAUGGAUGUAUAAUUUGUAAAUAUAGCAUUAUUUUUUUUGUUAAUUGAUGUUAAAUGUUAUGUAAGCAUCACAUAUAUGUAAUUUCUUCAGGUUUCUCUGUGUAUUAAAUGAAAAAAAUAAAUGGCUGGCAAGUAUACAGAUGAAUUGUUAAAUUCUUGUAAUUCUGUGCAAGUCAAUGACACUGUAAAAGAAUUGUCAUUUUUCUUUCUAAUGCCAAGAACAAACUUGAUUUCCACAGGGUGUAUACAAUCCAUCCUUCCAUGUUUUGUUUUGGUUCUGGCAAUAAAACAAAAAAAACAAAACGUUA